AGAUAGCAGCAGCAAACGCAGCAGCUAGAGAGCAGGCAACAGCAGCCAGAGCAGCAGCAAUGGCUAACGGCGCAAGCUUUGCUGCGUCAUCGUCUGCGUCCUCGUAAGGGACUAGUGGGACUCAUUUGGGAAUGCCACUGAGUUCCACAAGUUCCUCGGGCAAUUCCGGUUCAACAGGGUCUAGACCUUCUAGUCAAAUGGCGGGCUCGCAGUUCAGCCCGUUGACCCCGCGUGAGAGGGAGCUCAGAGAAAUCCAACAGGUCGAGAGGCUCCGCCAGCAGUUAGAGGAGGAUCUGAAGAAAGCAACCGAUAGAGAAAAGGAGAUAAAAAGUAGAGCGGCCAGACUUGAUACGUUAGAGGCUGACAAGGCUGCGUUAGAGGGAUUGGACGAAUCAGGUUUGUCUGACACCCUGAAAGUGUUGAAGAACAACAUGUUGUCACUGCAUGCGCACGUAAACAGCAGGAUGGACUUCAUGCAAAGCACUUUGGACCAGAUCCUGGAUGCAUUGACAAAGCCAGGAUUUCGGCCACCAGCACAAUCGCCGUUGCCGUUAUCGGCGAUGUCAGGUCCCUUUCCGCUUCAAGCUGGCACACAGCCAAGUGGCACAUCUGCAGCAGCCGCACAAACUGUUGCAUCUUCUUCUUCGGGUCCAGCGGUGGUUGCUACACCACCGCAACAGGCUAGUCCUCCACAAGGACAGCCGCAAGGUCAAUGGUAUCCCAAGACCCCAAUGAAACCGCCUCUUGCCUUCUCAGGCGAGAGAAAGGACGAAGAACUCAACACAUGGUUGAGGACCGUCCCGGUUUGGGUGAAGGCCAAAAGGACCUUGCUUGAGGACGAAGUGGUAACUGCGGCGUCUUACCUAGAGGGUAAGGCAGCCAAAUGGUUAGAUGGUGUAGUUGUGAAGGCUGGGUACGGGCGGCGCAUGGCCGAUUGGGUUAAGUCUUUGACUUUAGACCAAUUCAUGGAGAUGGUAGAAGCUGGAUGGCAUAACCCACAGGAGGCUCAAAGGGCCACUGAUGCCAUUAACGAACUUGACCAACGCAAGUUCAGGUCAAUUAGGGAGCUUACGACUACCGUCAAGAGCCUGAUCCUCGUCCCGGGCAUCAACUACAGUGACCAGUUCCUCUUAACCACGUUUGUUAGAUGUCUACCUGAGAACAUGAGGAACUUACUAGCCAGUGAGGCACGCACUGAGUACCACUCAUUUGAGACAUUGUCUAGGAAAGCCUUGGGCAAUGCUCAACCCACCUCAGGAAAUGACUCAAAGAAGAAGAAGAGUCCUCAGGAGCGGAAGAAGAAGGGGGCGAAGUUGGUGAUGGUUGGGUCUGAUGGGAGUCAAACUGAGAUUGAUGAGCUCUCUGACUUGAUGGACUACUCAGAGUAUGAUGGCGAGGAGGUAGUUGAGGGUAGCAAGCUUGCCGCGGUAGUAAAGACUAAGGCAGGUGGCCGAGCAAAAGUUGCCUGGCCGAACUGUCAGAUUGACUAAGUUCAAGGCCAGCAGUAUUGUAGAUACCUAUGGCUGCUUGUGUGCAUCAGCGUUCUACAACUAUUACAAGCAAAAUAAAGAGGAGGGUAUGUA